AUGCAGUACUGGCCUUUUUUUGCCUCGGAUCUAUACAAUUGGAAAACCCAUAACCCCCCCUUUUCUCAGGAUCCGCAGGCUUUAACAGGAUUAAUUGAGUCUAUUUUGCUGACCCAUCAGCCCACGUGGGAUGAUUGUCAGCAGCUCCUGCGGACACUACUCACUACAGAAGAACGGCACCGAGUACUUUUGGAGGCUCGGAAGAACGUUCCUGGAGCUGAUGGGAACCCGACUCAACUCCCUAAUGAGAUAGAUGCUGUGUUUCCUCUCAAUCGACCGGACUGGGACCACAAUACGCCUGCCGGUAGGGAGCGUCUCCGUCUUUACCGCCAGACUCUGUUAGCGGGUCUCAAGGGCGCUGGAAGGCGACCCACCAAUUUGGCCAAGGUAAGGGCAGUAGUACAGGGGGCAGAGGAAACCCCUGCGGGGUUUUUAGAAAGGCUAAUGGAGGCUUACCGUAUGUAUACCCCUUUUAAUCCGGCUAGUGAGAAAGAGAGUGAAGUUAUAAUGGCAUUUAUUGGACAGUCGGCACCGGACAUAAGGAAUAAGUUGCAGAGACUAGAGGGAUUGCAGAAUUAUAAUUUGCAGGAUCUAGUUCGGGAGGCUGAUAAGAUAUACAAUAAGAGAGAGACUCCCGAGGAAAAGGAAGAAAGGUUAAGGAAGUUACAAGAGGAGAGGGAGGACGAGAGAGAGAAAAGGCGUAAUCAGGAGUUAAGUCGAAUCCUGGCCACUGUAGUGCAUAAUAGACCAGAAACAGGGAGGCAGAUCAGGAACCAGGGAGAUGAAAGGCGGCCCCGGUUGAGCCGAGAUCAGUGUGCUUACUGCAAAGAGAAGGGGCAUUGGGCCCGAGAAUGUCCCAAGAACUCACGGAACCCCAAGAAGAUGACCCCCGUGCUGGCCCUUGGAGAUUAGGGAAGUCGGGGCCAGGACCCCCCCCCUGAGCCCAGGAUAACUCUAACCGUGGGGGGACAACCAGUCACUUUCCUGGUAGAUACGGGAGCGCAGCACUCCGUGUUGACUAGCACGGGAGGGCCUAUGAGUCAUAAGACUUCUUGGGUACAAGGAGCUACUGGUGGAAAAUUUUACAAGUGGACAACUGAACGGCGAGUAGACCUCGCCACAGGGACUGUGACACAUUCAUUUCUACAUGUACCGGAGUGUCCCUACCCCUUGUUAGGGAGAGAUUUACUAUCAAAAAUAGGGGCGCACAUCAAGUUCCAUGAGGGUGGAGCUUCAGUUUCCGGACCCAGGGGAGAGCCCUUGUACCUCUUGACCUUGAGAAUAGAAGAUGAAUAUAGAUUGCAUGAGAAGCGCCCCCCCGGAGGGCCUGUCCCUUCCUUGUUGCUGAAAGAAUGGGUGGAAAGUUUCCCCAAUGCCUGGGCCGAGACGGGAGGGGUCGGGUUGGCGAUCAACCAACCACCCCUGGUGAUCAACUUGAAACCCACGGCUUCUCCAGUGGCUAUCAGGCAAUAUCCGAUGUCGAGGGAAGCAUUCCAGGGCAUCAGACCGCAUAUACAGAGACUACUACAACUAGGCAUCUUGGUGCCCUGCCGUUCCCCGUGGAACACUCCUCUAUUGCCGAUAAAGAAACCAGGGACAAAUGAUUACCGACCUGUCCAAGACUUAAGAGAAGUUAAUCAGCGAGUCGAGGACAUGCAUCCAACUGUCCCCAACCCAUACAAUCUUUUAAGCUCCUUGCCCCCGUCUCACACCUGGUAUACUGUAGUAGACCUCAAAGAUGCCUUCUUUUGCUUAAGACUAUGCCCCCAGAGCCAGCCAUUGUUUGCCUUCGAAUGGAGAGAUCCGGAAUCUGGGCUUGCUGGGCAGCUGACAUGGACCAGAUUGCCACAAGGGUUCAAGCACUCCCCCACCAUUUUUGAUGAAGCCCUCCACCGGGACCUGGCUGAUUUCCGCAUACAACAGCCUGACCUCAUCCUUUUACAGUAUGUAGAUGACCUUCUCCUUGCUGCUCCUUCCGAAGAAUCUUGCAUACAAGGUACGAAAGCCCUUCUAAAAAGACUCGGAGAGUUGGGAUACCGAGCCUCUGCUAAGAAGGCCCAACUAUGCCAGACCAAAGUAACAUACCUAGGAUAUGUCCUAGAAGGAGGACAGAGAUGGCUGACAGAGGCUAGAAAACAGGCUGUGUCCUCAAUACCUGCUCCCAAAAGUCCCAGGCAGCUGAGAGAGUUCCUGGGAACUGCAGGAUUCUGCCGACUCUGGGUACCGGGAUUCGCUGAGAUCGCAGCCCCCUUGUAUCCCCUAACCAAACAGGGAACAAAAUUUCUAUGGGAAUCGGAACAGCAGGAGGCCUUCGACCGCAUCAAAGAAGCCCUCUUGAAGGCCCCGGCACUGGGACUCCCUGACGUAACCAGGCCGUUUAAUCUUUAUGUGGAUGAAAGGAGAGGAAUUGCAAAAGGAGUCUUAGUACAAGCAUUGGGGCCAUGGAAGCGGCCAGUGGCCUAUCUCUCUAAGAAACUUGAUCCAGUCGCAGCGGGGUGGCCCCCAUGCCUACGAAUGAUUGCUGCCAUAGCAACUCUGGUUAAGGACUCUGGCAAGUUGACCCUUGGCCAGCAGAUCACUGUGAUCGCGCCACAUGCUGUGGAGGCCAUAGUCCGGCAGCCCCCUGACCGAUGGUUAACUAAUGCUCGAAUGACGCAUUACCAGGCAUUGUUAUUAGCCCCAGAAAAGAUACGGUUUGGCCCUGCGGUCGCCCUGAACCCUGCCACGCUCCUCCCAGACCCUGGAACCCCGGGAGAUGUUCCACACAACUGUCAGCAAAUCCUUGCGGAGGUACACGGAACACGAGAGGACCUCUCUGAUCAACCCAUGCCAGAUGCUGAGGUAACGUGGUUCACCGAUGGGAGCAGUUAUGUGGUGGAUGGGAAACGACGGGCAGGGGCUGCGGUGGUAGACAAUGAAAAGACUAUUUGGUCAAGUGCCCUGGCACCGGGCACUUCAGCUCAGCGGGCAGAACUAAUAGCCCUAACCCAGGCCCUGAAGCUUGCAGAAGGGAAAAAGGCUAAUAUUUAUACUGACAGCCGCUAUGCCUUUGCUACCGCACAUGUGCAUGGGGAAAUAUAUCGAAGAAGAGGAUUACUGACGUCAGGGGGAAAAGAGAUAAAGAACAAAGAUGAAAUUGUAGGACUCUUGCAAGCAUUGUUUCGCCCCAAGAAAAUCAGCAUUAUCCAUUGCCCUGGGCACCAGAAGGGAAAUGACCCAACAGCAAAAGGAAACCAAUUGGCAGACUCGGCUGCUAAACGGGCAGCUGAAGAGACUCAGACAUUAGUCAUGGUAGAGACCAUUGUUCAAAAACCCGCUAACUCAGAUGAGACUACAGUCCGACAAUUUGGGACCCUAAAAUAUACCAGCACAGACGAAACCCUGAUACAACAACAUGGAGGGGAAUGGGACCCCAAGACAAGGACUUGGAAGUGCGGAGAUAAAGUCGCUUUACCUCUUAAAAAUUCAAAGGAAAUAGUAAAGCAUCUACAUCAACUUACACAUUUGAGUCGCAGAAAGAUGCUUGCCUUACUAACUAAAGAAGAGUGCCCCUUCCACAUUCUCCGUCUGCCUGGUUUAGUUCAAGAGACUGUAGAUCUUUGCAAACCAUGCGCACAGGUAAAUGCAGAGAGACUCAAGCUCCCCCCUGGGGCGAGAGCACGGGGUCAUCGUCCAGGAAUGUGUUGGGAAGUAGACUUCACUGAAGUCCGUCCAGGUAUGUACGGUUAUAAGUAUCUUCUAGUUUUUGUGGACACCUUCUCUGGGUGGACGGAAGCGUACCCCACCAAGAAAGAAACGGCACAGGUGGUGGUAAAGAAUCUUGGAAGAAAUAUUCCCUCGGUUUGGACUGCCACAGGUACUUGGGUCUGA